AAGAGCAACAGCAACAACAAUAAUCAGUGGAGAGAAGAAGCAGCAAGCAAAAGAAAAGCCAACGAAAUCGAAAACUGCGAAAAUAUUUUUUUGUGCCUUUGUGCGCCACGAGUUUCUUCCAAAGCGCACAGCAUUCAGCACAGCCACAGCACAUACUGCAGCUUAUAAAUGUGAACGCAAAAGGAUUGCAAUAAAUAACAACAAAAACAAGUGAGGUGUAGAAGAAAAAAAGUAAUCGAAUUCCAGUUCUCCUGAGUAGAGUGCAACGCAACCAACUUCAAGUGCGUGCAGCCAGCAACAACAAUCAAGAGCGCAAGCGAGAGAGAGAACGAGAGCAAAGAAAAUUCGAAAAAAAAACAUAACAAAACAGCAAACAUGUCGUGGACUGAGAAAGUGGAUCCAGAGCUGAUCUUUACGAAGCAGGAACGCAUUGGCAAAGGCUCCUUCGGCGAGGUUUUCAAGGGUAUCGAUAAUCGCACGCAGCAGGUGGUGGCUAUAAAAAUUAUCGAUCUCGAGGAGGCCGAGGAUGAGAUCGAUGACAUACAGCAGGAGAUUAUGGUGUUAUCACAGUGUGAUUCCCCGUAUGUGACCAAAUACUUUGGCUCAUUCUUGAAAGGCACCAAACUAUGGAUCAUUAUGGAAUAUUUGGGCGGCGGUUCCGCAUUGGAUCUGAUGAAAGCGGGCAGCUUCGAGGAAAUGCACAUUGGCAUCAUUUUGCGUGAGGUCCUCAAAGGUCUCGACUAUUUGCACUCUGAGCGCAAGCUGCAUCGUGACAUCAAGGCAGCUAAUGUCCUUUUAAGCGAGUUGGGUGAUGUGAAACUGGCGGAUUUUGGUGUUGCUGGUCAGCUAACAAAUACAACGUCCAAGCGCAACACUUUUGUGGGCACACCCUUCUGGAUGGCACCGGAGGUGAUCAAGCAGUCGCAAUACGAUUCAAAGGCGGACAUCUGGUCACUGGGCAUCACAGCCAUUGAAUUGGCUAAGGGAGAACCGCCCAAUUCGGAGCUUCACCCGAUGCGUGUGUUGUUCUUGAUACCCAAGAACAAUCCCCCACAGUUAACUGGUAAUUACACCAAGUCAUUCAAGGACUUUGUGGAGGCCUGCCUCAACAAGGACCCCGAGAAUCGUCCCACAGCCAAGGAGCUGCUCAAGUAUCCGUUCAUUAAGAAGGCCAAGAAGAAUGCUUAUCUUAUCGAUCUAAUUGAUCGUUUCAAGAAAUGGAAGUUGUCAAAGGGCGACGAGAGCGAAACUGAAUCGGAGAAUUCCGACUCUGACUCGGAUGCCAAGCAAAGUGGCAACGGUGGCAGCAGUCACGAUGAACCCUGGAUUAUGACGGUCAAAGGACUGCACAUCAAUAGUGCUCCACGAGCGGGUGUCAACAGUUUCCAACUGCAGGAGCAUGAGCUGACCAUGCAGAAGCUAAUGGCGACAACACAUUCGCCCUCGAGCAGCGGCAAUAAUGCAGCACAGACGCACGCCGCAUCUGGCAGCAGCAGCAACAGUAUUGGAGGUGCCGUCACAGCGGCGACAGCAGCGUCGAGCAGCGAUGCAACAACGCUCAACUCCAGCAGCAGCGGCAGCAGCAACAAUAAUAACAACAAUAACAACAGCAACAACAACAACUUGAGCAGCAAACAUGCCACAACCACAAUGCUGAAUGCACCGCUAAGCGGCGGAGGAGGCGGCUCAGGUGUUGGAACUGGAGGCACAAGCAAUGCGGCAGCUUCUAAGAUGUUGCAAGUGAGCAGCUCGACAUCGGCCAACGAGCUUCUGAUGCAGAAACGUGCCAGCUCCAAGCCAGAGUUGCGUCAAUCACGUUCCGUGGCGACUCUCGAUCAAGUGGAGGAGCGUCGUGCCUCUUUGGGCCUGCCUUUGAGCCUGGAUCAUCAUCAUCAACAGCAGCAGUUGCAACAGCAACAACAAUUGCAACAGCAGCAACAACAGUUGCAACAGCAGCAGCAACGUCGCAGCAGCAAUCGUGAAUCAUUCCAUGCAACCAGCGCCAACAAUGUGAGCAACAAUCAUGCAGCUGAACACCACAACGAUUCCUCCUCCUCCUCGACGACUUCCAAACAGCUGCAAAGCCAACAGCGUUUGGUGCAUCACACGAACAGCGCUUGCCUAAACAAUGUCCUGUUCCCGGUGCUGAGCGACAUUCAACGCAAAUAUAACAGCAGCUCCAAGAAUUUGCAGGGUAUGCAUGGCGUCGGUGUUGGCAGUGAUAUUGGGGAUCUAAAGUCCGUCUUCGAGCUCGCUGAACGCUCCAGUCCCGGCGUGAGCGAUUUGUUUAUGAAGGAACUGAUCCACAUGCUUGUUCCUGGUUAUUCCGAAACGCGCAUCAAUAACAUUAUGGAACGCGCCAUACGCAAUCGCAAAUAGAGCUCUGAGAUGAUGAUGAUGGCAACCAAAUUCCAAAACAAAAAAAUAUAUAUAUAUUCUAUAUACUUACUAUACAAUGUUAAAACGAAGACCCGACAGCAAACAGCAACCAACAUAUUC